AUGUCAACUGCAAGUUCACAUCCGUAUAGUAAUCUCAGUUUAACGACCGAUCCCCUUGCUACAUUAAUGAAGCCUGAUAUUAUUUCAAUGUCAAAAAAUAGUCAAGUUAUAAAUGGUGGCGGUGGUGAUUUGACAUCAUCAUCUUCUACCACAUCAUUAAAUCGUACAAAUCCCUCCAUAAAUUCAUUGAAUGUUAGUAGUCAUACAUUGGAUAAAGUAAAAGUUGCAAAAGUUACAUUGGAAUAUUACUACGACAAUUUAAUUGUUCAAUAUCGAGAACGUCAAAAUAGGUACAAAAUUUUAGAGUCAAUGAUGGAAAGUGAAGGCUUAACAGAAGAACAAAAACAAAUCAAACGUACACAACAUGCUCUCAAAGAAAGUGAAUUUCUCCGACUUAAACGAGCACGACUCACAGUUGAUGAUUUUCUACCUCUUAAAAUAAUUGGUAAAGGAGCAUUUGGUGAAGUAAGAUUAGUUCAAAAACAAGACAAUGGCUAUAUUUAUGCUAUGAAGAUUUUGCAUAAAGCAGAUAUGCUACAAAAGGAUCAAGUGGCUCAUGUAAGAGCUGAACGUGAUAUUCUAGUCAAAGCUGAUAAUCCUUGGGUUUUAUGGAAUUCCUUCCAGGUGGUGAUAUGA